AAGAGUUUGCUUCGUCAGGAUGUUGUAAUAUUUGAUUGCUCUGGCAUUGAAUCUUUAUAUCAAAGUGAAUUAACGGAUUGACGAUGCAGUACACCUCCGCAGUACCACUGUCGAUUCUACUGCUAUCAAUCGUACUCUACGUGGAAGCUAUAAACUUGAGGAAGUGUUCAUCGCCCGGAUCUGACGGCUCGAGUGCUGCCAAAAACCGCACCAGCCGACAGGCACUGCCGUGCGGCUACCGUCCGCCCGUUGUGCAGAACAUAGUCUGUCCUCCUGGUAGCCAACUGGAAAACAACCGAUGCGUCCUCCGACAAUCGUAUUGCCCGGGCGGCUUCCAGCUGGUCGGUAGCUCGUGCGUUGGACAAACGGUGUGUCCACCUGGGUACAUCCUUUCCAACGGUAUGUGCCACCGUCAAUCCGGUCCGUCGAAUAUUGUCGCUUGUGAGUUGAAAACCGAACUGCCUAGCUGUGGCGAAGGCUACACGUUCACAGGUAGUCGGUGUGUACGGCAGGAAACUCGACCAUUAGAGACGACCAAUAAGACAUCAGCGAACAUUGCACCUUUCACCUGUCCCAAGGAUUACGUGCUGAGUCAAAAUCAGUGCAUUCGGUAUGAACGUGAACCGGCUAGCUGUUAUCGCGGGACUUUCCGACUCGGGGACUGUGUAAUCGAGGCGAAAUGCGUACCACCCUUCACAAUGGAUGACUACGGUCGAUGCGUCAAGGCCACGGAGAAGUUCGCAUCAUGCCCUAACGGAACAGUGUUUGCCGAAGGCGUUUGCCAAUACCCAAAUCCUAGAUGUCCCUCUAAUUUCACUCUCACCAAUGGCCAAUGUGUACUGGAGCAGACUGCUCCGGUUCAGUGCGAUGUGGCUUCAAAACUGGUAAAUAAUUACUGUGUCAUAGCUGAACCAACGUGUCCCGCAGGGUUUACCCGGAUCGCGAAUCAGUGCGUUCAAACAAGACGCGAUCAGAUGAAAUGUCCCAGUGGCAGUUUCAUUCAUGACAAUAUCUGCAUAGCGCAGGAGGUCACAUGUUCGUUUGGCUAUGAAUUCCGAAAUGGUUAUUGCGUAAAGCGUGAAAAAGUACCCAUUCGGUGUCCGUUAGAUUCUCGUCUGGAGGGUGAAGCGUGUGUUUCUAAGCAACCACUCUGCAGUCAGGACUACGAAUAUGAUAGAAGGUAUGGUCAGUGCAUUAAGCGGGAUCAAAGGCCAGCAAUUUGCGACAGUGGAUUCGUACUACGAGACGGGCAGUGUGUUAGUGAUGUUAGUUGCGAAAAUGGUUACACGUUUAAUAAUGGUGAAUGUGUGCGUGAACAGACAAGUCUGAUGCAAUGCCCGGCAGGUAGCACUUUGCAAAGCGGAAUGUGUGUACAUUCAGAGCCUCGAUGUGAUUUUGGAUUCGAGCUAACCGGCGGUGUUUGUAUGAGUCAUGAUAGAAAAGCUCCGAUUUGCCCGGAUGGAUCGUACUAUCAGGAUGGUUUUUGUCGGCUUCGGAACGUAGGCUGUCGUCCGGGAUUCGAGCUGAAAGAUUCACAGUGUGUUAAGGAAAGUUCAGCUCAGCCGGAAUGCCCCAUUAAUUUUACCUUUAAGCGAGGUUACUGCUUGGCAAUGCCACAGUGUAACCAAGGGUAUGUUUUAGAAGCAGGAAUUUGCACACAAAAGAUUAUAGGAACAAUUACUUGUCCACCGGAAUCGAAUUUUGAGAAUGGUGUAUGUGUCAGUGAAGCCAUCGAAUGCUUAACUGGAUUCAAUCUACGGGAUGGUGUAUGCGUUCGAGCCCAUGAAAUAAGUCCUACUUGUCCUACUGAGGCGGAAUACUACAACGGAAAGUGUCAGCUGCGAAAAACGACUACGUGUCCAUUCGGAUCUACAGUUAUGAACGGAGCAUGUCGCUUGGUUGAAACAAUCCCUCCGAGUUGUCCUAGCGGAUACUACUAUCAAAACGGUGUUUGUCACGGAAUGAUGCUGCCUCAACUGCCUCAACUGCCAGUUCAACCGCAGUAUCCGUCACCAUGUGGAGGUGGUUGUAUGCAACCUCAACAACCAUGUGGUUACAAUUGGAUGUGUGACGCUCCACAAAAUUGUGGACCUUGUGGUCAGCAAAGCUUCCCGCAGUACGGCCAGAAUACUCAGUCGCCAGUUUGUCAAGCUGGUUACGAAAUGACUCAAGGUAUGUGCACACGAACCUACUACGUACCGAUGCAAUGUCCAGUGGGUUAUAGCCUCGAAGGUAAUGAAUGUGUCUACAGCUAUCCAAUGACUUGCGAAGCUGGGGCAACAAUGGAGAAUGAACGCUGUAUUCGAUACGAAUCAAUGCCAGGUAACUGUCGAGCAGGUUUCUACAUGAAAAACAACCGCUGCAUUUUCAUGAAUCCAGAAUGUAGCUUGGGCUAUAGCUUAAUCAAAGGAAAAUGUGUAAGAAUAUUAGAGCAGCCUUCGACGUGUCCCCUUAACUCUAAAAAACUUAGGAAUUUCUGCGUUGCACAGCCAAAGUGCAGAACCGGCUUAGAAUUGCGCAACGACGUCUGCUAUAAAGUGGAGUACGAUGUGACCCACUGCCCUUCGGGCUAUGUAGUGCAGGACGAUUUCUGCGUAGCAACCUUUCAAUGUUCAGAAGGAUACACGUUCGUGAACGAUUCCUGUGUGCUGAGUGUACAGCGCUCUUCGAAGUGUCCACCACAAACUAGGCAAAUAGAAAAUUACUGUGUUGUUCCCGGACCUACAUGUGAGCCAGGGUUCGAGCUGAGAAAAGGGCUAUGUACCAAAAUAUUCCGCAGACCCAUUGUCUGCCCGCCGAACAGUCGACUGCAGCAGGAACUAUGCGUUUCUUCACCGAGGUGCACCCAUGGGUACCAAAUGAUUUCGGGACAGUGUACCCGAUCCGAUCAGGUUCCCGCUCAAUGUGCAUACAAUUUCUUCAUAGAUAACGACAAAUGCGUUUCGAAGGAUGUCAUUUGCCCGAGUGGUUUCCACGUAGAUAGUGGUGAGUGUGUUAGCGAAACCUAUGAAGCUAUAUCCUGCCCGGUGGGAUCAACACUUCGCGAUAAACUGUGUGUUGUGGGACAGCCGGUGUGUGAACCUGGUUUCAAAGCGGAGAAAAAUCAAUGUGUUCAGCACAUAUAUGUGAUGCCACGCUGUCCACCAGAAACUGUAAUGACCGAUAAUCUCUGUGUACGAAAUCCAGCUUGUCCUCCGGAUUAUCGCUUCACAAACAGCCGCUGCGUCAGACUGUCAUAUGCCGCAGUCAACUGCAACACAGGAACACUAAUAAACGGGAAGUGCGUAGCUCCGGGUCCGCAUUGUCCAGACGACUAUCAGUUUGUUGACGAUCGGUGCAUCCUGAAGGAAUACACUAAUCCAUCCUGUCCAGAUCGUUCAAAACUUCAGGAGAGGUACUGCGUUGUUGAUGUUCCGCAGUGUCCAGCUGGGCAUAAGUACACUAAUGCUAUGUGUUUGAAGAUAUCUACGAUAGAUGCUACAUGUCCUACAAAUUACACAGUAAAACACGGUCGGUGUAUUAUCGAGCGAUACACCAGUGAACACAUCUGCCCGGAAGGUUUUAGUUUACAAAGUUCUAUGUGUGUGAAAAUGUUGUUUGCCGAAGCCAAUUGUUCCACCGGAUUCAUGCUAGAGAAUGGUCAAUGUGUGAAAAGAGUUUGCGAUAAUCCUGAUCUUCCACCUGCGCAACCAUAUUCGAAUGCAGUUAGUUCUCCAUUGAUUAAAUAUCAGGCUCCGGUCACCAUCACGAAUAGCCCACCACCGCCAACAUCAGACAUUUCAAGCGGCGAUUCAAUGGAAACACAUGCUUAUCCAAGAUCCAGUUCUAAUGAUUUUGACUCAUUCUUCGAAAAUAUCCCCAGUUCCAAUCAGAUUAAAUACGAUUGGUAUCCAGCUUCUACCGGUGAGGCAACGAUAGUGCAAAAGUACGAAACGGUUACAGCCGAAGCCCAGGUGACAAUGCGUCCUUCUGUCGUAGUCGAACCCGUGACAGUUGGCGAGCCUAGUGCUGAAAUGUACAGUUGUACGGUAUACUCGCCUAGGGUCUGUACCAAAACCGACGACGAAUGGGAUUGUGUUCAUCACGAAUUCGAAGAUGUCCAGACUCGUUACUGCCGGGAGGAUGGAGAUCACAUCUACCUAAAAGUAAACAAAUCUGAUUAUGACGAAGACAACGAAGUACUGAUUAUGGCAGCCGUUGAGUCCAUAGUUGAUGACGAUGAAGAUGACUUUGGGGAGGAAAUCGAUUGUUCCGGCUGCAUCUACGGUGAUUACCAGUGUUCAAAAAGUUGCUACAAGUAUGAUUGCGAUGACGAGUGUCACUUGAUUGACGUUAAUGAUUUUUGCGGGGAGAUUCCCAAACCGGACAAGGGUUGCACGUGGGAAGAAGGAUGUCGAGGAAAGAAUUGCGAAGAUUAAAUAUUUGUUUUUCGAUUCACUAUAGAUUCUAGUACGUAAAUGUUCAUAAAA